AUGGAUUUUGCUGGCGCAUCUCUCAUCGCCGACGACAAGUUGUGCGCGGCCACCGAAUCUGUCGUCGACGCUGGCGUGGAUAGCGGGUACCACUUGCUCGUUGUCCAAGGCUACUCGCGCACAAAGGAGAAAACUCCCAAGGACGAGUGGAUCGAGUCUCAUACUUUUAUUGUUGUAGGCCGUCGCUGGAUCAUUGACUACCACCCAAAUGGUUUCGAAGAUGAAGAAUAUAUAUCGCUUGUCCUUACCCUUGACGAUGAUAUCGAGCCAAGCGUUAACGUUCAGUAUGUUUUCAGUUCCGUUGACCAAUCCGAGUUGCGGGUGCCAAAGAACAUCCGCCAAAGCCAGUCAGUUUACUUGGAUGAACAUCUUGAUGGCCAGUACGAAUUCAUGAAAAUGAAGGAUGUCGAAAGAUCAAGGCAUCUCAAGGACGGCAGCUUCAUCCUCCGCCAUCUUGGCAAUCUCCUUCUGAGCAAGGAGUGUGCUCACAUUACAUUUGAGGUUGGCGGUGAGGAUUUUGCCGCGCAUCGGUGCCUGCUCGUAGCCCGAUCGAGCGUCUUCAAGGCACAACUCUGUGGUGCCAUGAAUGAAUCGAGUGUUGUCAAGAUAAGUCCGACCAGGGGUGCGCGGGAUCCGAGCAGCCGGCCAGAGGGCGGCCAGCACCAGAGCACCGGCGUGUUGCAGACAGCGAAGCAUCCGAUGGGUCGGCUGCAGGCGAGUCUUGACCGCCAAGAGGUGCUCGCUGAGAUUCCGGGGUGUGUUGGGUGUAAUGUCCGCGCCCCCCGCCCUUCAUGUCGCACGCUGCGCCUCGAUGGCCUAGGUGACGGCGACGGAGUAGCCCGGGAAGCACUCUGA